AUGGAAGUGUCCCAGACUACUAGACUGAAUCUGGGUUUAUAUAACCAGAGUGUCCAGACUACUAGACUGAAUCUGGGUUUAUAUAACCAGACUACUAGACUGAAUCUGGGUUUAUAUAACCAGACUACUAGACUGAAUCUGGGUUUAUAUAACCAGACUACUAGACUGAAUCUGGGUUUAUAUAACCAGAGUGUCCAGACUACUAGACUGAAUCUGGGUUUAUAUAACCAGAGUGUCCAGACUACUAGACUGAAUCUGGGUUUAUAUAACCAGACUACUAGACUGAAUCUGGGUUUAUAUAACCAGACUACUAGACUGAAUCUGGGUUUAUAUAACCAGACUACUAGACUGAAUCUGGGUUUAUAUAACCAGAGUGUCCAGACUACUAGACUGAAUCUGGGUUUAUAUAACCAGAGUGUCCAGACUACUAGACUGAAUCUGGGUUUAUAUAACCAGACUACUAGACUGAAUCUGGGUUUAUAUAACCAGACUACUAGACUGAAUCUGGGUUUAUAUAACCAGACUACUAGACUGAAUCUGGGUUUAUAUAACCAGACUACUAGACUGAAUCUGGGUUUAUAUAACCAGAGUGUCCAGACUACUAGACUGAAUCUGGGUUUAUAUAACCAGACUACUAGACUGAAUCUGGGUUUAUAUAACCAGACUACUAGACUGAAUCUGGGUUUAUAUAACCAGACUACUAGACUGAAUCUGGGUUUAUAUAACCAGACUACUAGACUGAAUCUGGGUUUAUAUAACCAGAGUGUCCAGACUACUAGACUGAAUCUGGGUUUAUAUAACCAGACUACUAGACUGAAUCUGGGUUUAUAUAACCAGACUACUAGACUGAAUCUGGGUUUAUAUAACCAGAGUGUCCAGACUACUAGACUGAAUCUGGGUUUAUAUAACCAGACUACUAGACUGAAUCUGGGUUUAUAUAACCAGACUACUAGACUGAAUCUGGGUUUAUAUAACCAGACUACUAGACUGAAUCUGGGUUUAUAUAACCAGACUACUAGACUGAAUCUGGGUUUAUAUAAGUGA